AUGGCUGUGGACAAGUCAAGAAGACCUCAGCGUCAAGUGGCAGGUGAAUCAACUUCAUCUAUUUUAGCUGCUCAUCUUGCACCUCACCUGUCCCCUGGCCCGAAUCAAAGAUAUGGUAUCAGCCCAGAAACCUUCUCCCAGUUGCGCCAGGAGAUCCUGGGUCAAGAUGAAGGGGGCCAAUCCAAUCUGGAAGACAAUAUCACAGAAGUGCAUAACUUGAUAUGCGUGGUGAUCAAAGCUGGUCUCCAGACGUCUAUCAAGUCUCAAGUGUUACGGGAAGAUAUGGAGGGACAGAUAUUAGACUGUCUUGACAUUAUCCGGUUAGCGGUGCAGAAAUCUCCUCAAGUCCUCUAUGAGAUUUCGGACCCUGAAAUUCUUGGCAAGAGAGAUAUACAUGCACCCCUGUUUGCCUGGCUUAUCCAUGAACUAUUCGCACUCCUCUUCGAAUGGACCCAACGGUCUAUACAAGACAAAAUCUACAGCCUCCUGUCAACCAUCUAUGUUUCCCAAUUCAAAGGUCUCCAGUUAUGGCAUUCGUCCCAGUCAGUGCAUACACUGAUCCAAGCUUGCAUUAAUGAUAUGUUGUAUUCCCUGGAAACUAUUAAACCUUCACGGUUGGACGAUGAUAUCACACUAUUUUUCCCGGGACCGUCGAGCAUCUUGCCAACAUGCUUAGACAAGCUGUCCCUUCCGCGCUCGAUGUUUGCUAACAGAGUCAGGCUAGGGACACCUGCAAUGGUUGUUAAGUUUUGCCUUCAACUUUUCGAGGCAGUAGCAUGCCCUCCGUUUCAUGCCACUCUAUCAGCAUCCAGAGCAGCCAGCCUUCGUCAGCUCCUUACCUGGGUGCUUCACUGUCAACAGAAAUUAUGGAGAGUGAUGUUCGAGUGGUUUGAAAUAGCUCGGCCAGAUCACAUUGAGGAGAAGUUGACCUAUCUUCUUGAUUUUGUCACGCUGUCCCGCAAACUAUACUCACAUGCUUUGAAGUUAUCGCAAGGCUUGCCUUUGGACCAGCAGGCAAAACAUGUAUGGCUGCAGUGUGGAGUUGAUUUGCUGACCUCCCCGAAACUCUCACAAAGCACGGAUGUGCAACACGCGCUGAGCCAACUCCUAAGCGAUGCGAUGCGACUUUCCCACACUUCCUCUGAAGUCGGCCAAUUUAUUGAAGAUCAUUUCUUCCAACCACUAAGUGAUCUUAGUGAAGAUGAGAGUGGGUUUCAGCAUUUACAUCAGUCAUUUCAGAUGGUCAUAUCCAGAAUCGUAAAUAAGGAAAAUGGGGCUCGAAGGAUUGAAGACGAUUCAAAUCCAGCAACCCCAACCCCAAAAGCUCAGACGCAUGAAUCAAAAGUUACCCCAAGGAAAUCUUCAACUGACCCUCUGCUCGAGGAUAACGGAAUUUCUGGAAGUGGUAGGGCACGGAAAAGACCCCGUCUUUCAAACGCGGAAGAAAACGGUCCCGUCCCAAACCUGAUACAGACGAUCACAAGUACUCUGUUCCAUAUUCUUGGUUCUCACCCGUCAACUGGUGUAGAAGAGUUAAAUCAAACAGUUUUAAAUACUUUACCCAAGCUAUCCCAGGAUUCCCAGUGUGCGGUUUUGGCAAUGCUUGGACGGAUUGCAUGUGCUUCGGUAGAAACUUUGGUGAUGGAACAACCGAGUAUUAAUUCUAGACCUCAGUUCCGGUGUCGCAUCUGCGAUGGAACUUCACCAGAGGCCUACAAAUGUCAAAACAGGAAGCUCCCACAAUUUGAAGAACUACGAAAAACUAUGAUUGAACUCAUCCCGAUCCUCCGUGGGUCUGGUAAGCCCCGGACAGCUGCUAUGUUUGCUAUUCGGAAUGUCGUAAUGCACGACCCGAAGAAUGAAAAUAUGCGACUACAAUCAUCCCCAUUGGGUGAAUGGUGUCUCCAAUCGUUUCGCAGCUCUAUCCGGGAGCUGAGAAUGGCCGCAGGGCAAACUUUGCCAGCCUUCUUGCGCAAAAAUCUGAAAUCCGAUAUCCGUCGAGCUAAUUUUGUAAUGUCUUUGGAAUAUUUGCAAAACGUGCUCGAAAAAGGCGAAAUGCCGAUUCAAGAAACAUCUAUCGUGGGCUUGAGUCGUGUGGCAGAAGUCUCCGGUGAUGAGGAGAUGAAUAUCAUCCUUCUCCGCCUUCUUGAGUACCUUGGUCAUUCAAAUCCAUUCAUUAGCGGUGUUGCAUAUACCGCGCUCUCCAAGCUUGCCCAACAUCUAGGAGGUACUCCUGGUGCGCUCUGCAGGCCGUUCUGGAGGACACUCUCUGUUAUGAUCGUAAAAAAUAUUCAAAGACGCCCACAAAUGGCUGACCAGCUCUGUGACCUUCUCGGCAUGAAGGUGGAUAAUUUUUUAAGGCUUACUGAAGUACACGUUUUACCCUACCUUGUUUUGAUGAGAAAAUAUGACAUCAUGGAGCGCAUAGGAGCCACCUAUGACCAGAAGAAAUCUCUUUACGAACUCUGCAAUAACGAUAAUAACAUUGCGGCGAUUCUUACCCUUUUGCUGAUUCAACCGUCAGCCGAUCACAAUGCUUUGGUUACGUCAAUAUUUAAUGAGAUAUCGCCCAAGUUCCAGAUCAACGACCUUUCAGGUUGGGUUCGGUUGCAGCCAAUUCUCAUUGCCUGUGGGCUUCUCAAGGGACUGGGAGAUUCAACUAAAGGCGAAAGAUUUAAGUACUACAAAGCGCUCAAGCUUGUUGCGUCUCUUACAAUAAGAGGACCCGACUACGAAAUUGACUCGUCGAAGGAGAAUGAGCUAGUCGAAGAGUUUAUUGAAGAAAAUGUUCUGGGGAUUAUCACCGAGUUCGCCCAUGUUGUUAACGAUUUUCAAAUCCGCCAACCCACUAUUGAAAAGAAAAGGAAUAUCAUCGCGAUCGGGGAGAUGAUAAAACUAGCGAAUGGCAAUAUCACUAUUGCUCUGCCACAGAUUUGUGCUUGUUUGCGAUCGGCGUUGGAGAUGCCAGAACUCUGCGAUCACGCUUUCGCGUCCUGGAAUAUCAUAAUGACCACACUCGACGAUGAGGAGAUAGAACCUUUAAUAGACCAGACGCUUUCAAUAAUUAUUAAAAAUUGGGAUACAUUUCAGCAAGAGAGCAGAGAUCGUGCCUUGAAACUUGUUAGUCACAUUUUCAAUGAGCAUAGAGCCCUGGUGGAACGUUCAUUUGAGACCAUGCCCUCAUUAUCGUCUAUUCCUUCUAUGAAGGAGUACGAGGAAGAGAUCCAAAAUCUUAAAAAGCGAAUGGAUGUUCAAACUAGAUUUAAGAUAUUUUGUCGACGGUGCCAAAACGAGAACCAGGUCGUCGUUGAGCAAGCAUUGAAGGAGCUUGUACAGGAACUACGCAGAAACGAUGAAUUCAUUCAUCGGUCUGUUACAAAUGAGCAAGCAGACGGUAUUGUUGCCCAGCUGAUUCGGACCUUAUUGGAUUGCGGCUCCAAGUUUAACCCAGGCUCACCUAUAAUAAUGGCACUCUCUGCUCAGUGUCUGGGUAUUAUCGGAUGCUUGGACCCGAAUCGAAUUGAGUUGGUCAAAGACAAGAAGGACAUACUCGUUUUAUCUAAUUUUGAGAGCGCUGAUGAAACCUUCGAUUUUAUUUUAUUUUUCUUGCAACACGUUCUGGUUCAAGCCUUCCUCUCCGCCUCGAAUACAAGAGCACAGGGAUUCCUUGCAUACGCCAUGCAAACUUUGCUGAAGCUUUGCAAUCUAGGAUCCAUCACGAUGCCCCGUUCUCAAGAUACCAUAGCAAAUGGAUGUUAUCGACGAUGGCUAUCCUUGCCGGAACAUGUGAGAAACACGUUAACUCCGUUCCUUAGUUCAAAAUAUACUGUUAUCAUUGGUGCUGUUGAUACAGGCUGCUGUUAUCCAUUGUUUUCGUCAGAGUUGAGUCAUCCCGAGUGGCUCCGAACUUUUGUUCUCGACAUGUUGCAAAAGGGCGGUGUUGAAAAUGCAUCCAUGAUUUUCACCGUCUGCAGCAGGAUAAUUCGAAGCCAAGAUAUUUCCAUCUCUUCAUUUCUCCUCCCUUUUGCUGCUCUUAAUCUUGCACUCAGCGGCGAUCAAAGCCAAAGAGAGGAAUUGAAAAAGGAGGUGCUGCACGUUCUCGAGUAUCCCCUUCCCGAGGAUAACCAUCAAGUUCGAGAAGCCAUAAUCUUGUGUAGCGAGAGCAUGUUCUCGGUCCUCGACUACCUCUCCCGAUGGCUUCAGGGAAAGAAAAAGGAAUAUACUAGCGUCGCUGUGCCAAAUGGCCCUGGCAAUCGUACACAACGUGACCUAAUUCUCAAUUUAUGGGGUUCACAAAUAAAGCUAGUUGAGGAACUUCUCUCGUGCAUACCUGCCGAAGUAAUUUCCAAACGGGCCGUUGAAUGCAAAUCAUUCUCAAGGGCACUUUACCAUUGGGAACAGUAUAUACAGCAACAAAGGAAUGUCAAAAACCACGCCCCCCUUGAACCACUUUAUGAGAGGCUUCAGGAAAUAUACUCGCAAAUUGACGAACCAGACGGUAUAGAGGGCAUCUCUGCUCAUCUUCAUGUUCUUAAUAUUGACCAACAAAUCCUCGAACAUCGUAAGGCUGGGCGUUGGGUGGCAGCUCAGAGUUGGUAUCAGUUACAGCUUGAAACAGACCCGAGCAAUAGCUACGUCCAAGAGAAUUUAUUGACAUGUCUGAAGGAGUCUGGCCAACCCAAUGUUCUUCUCAACCAAAUCGGCAGCCUAGAGUUGGCAAGGCCUACGCUACCGAAGGUGCUCCCCAUCGCUACAGAAGCUUGUUGGUUGACUAGUAACUGGAACCUCUUGGAUAAAUAUGUGGAGAUGGCGUCCUCUCAAGCUAUUGAAGAUUUUAACAUUGGGAUUGGAUCAGCUCUGAGCGCUCUCCGUCACGGUAAUCGCGAAGAGUUCAAAGACGUAGUCACCAAGCUGCGACUAAAUAUCGCGAAAGGGUUUACAGCAAAUUCUGUAGCAUCGUUCCAAGCAAGUCAUGACAGCGUCCUUAAACUCCACGCUCUGAACGAAGUUGAACUGCUUGCGUCCCCCGAGCCCAAAAAUCGAGAUGAUCGAAUUGCGCUUUUCGAAACAUUGGAUCGUCGAUUGGAUAGUCUUGGUGGGUGUAUUACCGAUAAACAGUAUCUAUUGGGUUUAAGACGAGCAACUAUGGAAUUAGUCUCUUCAUUUGAUGCGUUCGACAUUGCCUCGAUUUGGCUGCGUGUUGCUCGUCUUGCACGAAAGGCUAAUUGCACAGAGCAAGCAUUCAACGCGGUUCUUCAUGCUCAUCAACUUGACUCUACUUCAGCUACCAUUGAGCAUGCGAGGCUUUUGUGGAAAGAAGGUGACCAUAGAAAAGCUAUACAAACUCUGGAGGGUGCAAUCAAAGCGAAUGCAUUUACAGCACAUGACUACGCCCUAUCGGAAGAUCCUUCAAUAUAUGUAGCCCCUGAUCGACAGCAAAAGCAAAAUAUGCUUACGGCUAGGGCACACCUUCUGCUUGCGAAAUGGAUGGAUAGUGCUGGCCAAACGCAGUCAGAAGUUAUCGUUCAACGGUACAGACUAGCUAUAAAAUUCCACAGUCGAUGGGAGAAAGCACAUUACUAUCUUGGAAGGCAUUAUACAAAAAUCCUGGAUUCGGAAAAGUCGAAACCUCUGGGUAAAGAGGCUCAGAUAUAUCUGAGUGGUGAGGCAUCGAAACUUGUCAUUGACAACUUUCUCCGUUCCCUUGCCCACGGAAACAAAUAUGUUUUCCAGACCCUCCCCAAAAUUUUGACUUUAUGGUUGGAGCAUGCUUCGGCUGUUGAUCAACCCUUUGACCCUAAACGGGGCGACAAUGAGGAAUUUCAACAAUAUAGCAUGGCUCAGAGGAAGAAAUGCCUGGAUGAUAUGCAUACCCAGUUACGGAAAUAUUUCAACAGAAUCCCCGCUGCACUGCUCUUCACGAUCCUACCCCAAGUGGUCGCUCGAAUUUGCCACAGCAACUCUACUGUCUAUAGUAUCCUUACACAAGUCGUGGUGAAAACGGCAAAUUCCUUCCCACAACAGGCUCUAUGGACGGUUCUCGCCGUGUUGAAGUCCUCCUCGAGAGACAGAGCAUCUCGAGGAAUGUCAUGCCUCCAAAAAAUAACGGAGGCCAACAGAAAGACGAAAACUGACAUAUCGGUUUCGGAUCUUCGGAAUAUCAUCAACCAAGGACAGAAAUUUUCAGAGGAAUUGUUGAAGCUCUGCAAUAUCCGGAUUGAAGAAAAGACGCCGAAAGUUAGCUUGGCACGAAACCUUGGCUUCAACCACAGAACAGCACCUUGCAGACUCGUUGUUCCGUUAGAAGCUACUUUGACUCCGAUUUUGCCGACAAAUCAUGAACCAAGUUUCCUUAAAUCGUUUCGAGCAUUUCCUCAUGACCCUGUUACCAUCGAAACCGUACUUGACGAUGCUCUCGUUCUCAGCUCACUACAGAAGCCCCGUAAAAUUAACAUACGGGGCUCAGACGGCAAAAUCUACAGUCUUCUUUGCAAACCGAAAGAUGACCUCCGCAAGGAUCAGCGGUUGAUGGAGUUCAACAGCAUGAUUAACAAGUUUCUGAAGAAGGAUGUUGAAUCGAGCAAGCGACGUCUAUAUAUUAAAACUUAUGCUGUUACGCCAUUAAACGAGGAGUGUGGGCUGAUUGAAUGGGUUGACAAUCUAAGAACUUUGAGAGAACUCGUUAUCAGACUUCUCAAGGAAAGGGGAAUUACUCCGAAUUACAAUGAAAUCAGGCAAUAUCUGAACGAAGCUUGCGCCGACCCAUCGAAGCUCUCACUUUUUACCAACAAAGUUCUUGCAAAAUACCCACCUGUUUUGCACGAAUGGUUUGUUGAAAUGUUCCCCGAACCCGGUACUUGGUUUGCCGCACGAUUGAAAUACACCAGGAGCAGUGCUGUCAUGUCCAUGGUUGGUUAUUGCUUAGGUCUCGGAGAUAGGCAUGGGGAGAACAUACUCUUCGAGGAGGGUAGCGGUGGUGUUCUUCAUGUUGAUUUCAACUGUCUUUUUGACAAGGGUUUAACAUUUGAUAAGCCGGAAUUGGUUCCAUUCAGGCUAACCCAAAAUAUGAUCAACGCAUUUGGGGCUUAUGGAUAUAAUGGGCCAUUCCGAAAGACCUGCGAGCUCACUCUUGGCUUGCUACGCCAAAAUGAGGAUUCCCUGAUGACCAUUCUGGAGACCUUCCUGCACGAUCCCACAACAGAUUUUAUUGGGAGAAAGAAACGAACAAACUCCAAAGUCCCGGAUACCCCUGAGGGCGUGCUCGAAUCUGUACGACACAAACUGCGAGGUUUACUGCCUGGGGAAUCUGUUCCACUAUCUGUAGGAGGCCACGUGGAUGAGUUAAUCAUUCAAGCCACAAGUAUUAAGAAUCUAGCAGCAAUGUAUAUAGGAUGGUGCGCAUUCUUCUGA